UUAAGCAGAGCAGAAGCCCCGCCCCCGGCUCUGUCUCUCUCCCCCUCCCCCCCGCCUUACUGCCUGGAUUUCCGCUUCCCACGGUGAUUUCCGCUCCUUCCUCGGAGGAUCUGCGCUGGAUCCUUCGGGAGAGGCUCCUGGAUCCCGCUGGGGGCAGGUGGGGCUGCUCUCCCUUCGCCCUCCAGGCCGCCCCUCCAGCCAGGAGAUCUCCCCCCCGCCCCCCGCCAGGAGGAAGGGAGCUGCGGAUCCCGAUCUUCGGCUCGCAGGGUUUUCCUCGGGGAGAUCCGGGCUCUGGCGUUGCUUGAAGGGAGCGGAUCCCGCCCUUCCCUCCAGGGGGACAAAAGGGGCUCCGUCCCUCGGCUGGAUCUGCCCCCUCCUCUCCCGGGCAAGGCUCCCCGAGGGGGCUCCGGGUGAAUCCGGGAAGGAACUUUGGGGUCGUUUAUAGAUUAAGCUCAGCAUUAUGUCGGCAUCUGAGUCCUUUUCAUUUCCCUUUGCAGGGGAAUAGUGAAGAUGUGGCUGUGAACUCCAGAGAGGAGAAAGGGGCAUUCUUGGAUCAGACCCCCACCCGAAAUUUUGGCCGGGACUCAAUCUUAGAAAAUUUGGAAAUCUUGGCCCCGUUGUAGGAGGAGCUUCCUGCACAAAGGGCCAAUCGGUUAAGGAGAAAUCAAACUGUUUGGCGGUGGGGAUCCUCCCUGGCCUUGACCCAGAGGGGUAACAAGUAACCCAGAGACCUCUUAAGAUUAACUUUAAAGCGGAUAAAAGAUUGUGACCAAGGAUUUACCUUGAAGACAACUGUCAACAGAGGGUAGAAAAUCAGCCCAAGGCAGCAGCCGCCCGAAAGGAUGAAGCUUAGGAAACGCUUGAAUCCCCCAUCAAACACAAGCAGCAUUGCAAAAAAAUCCUAUGAAUGCUCAGAAUGUGGGAAAUCCUUUGCCAGCAGGUCCCUCCUUUUGACCCACAGGAAGGUCCAUGUGGGAAGUGGAUCCAGUCAAGGUUCAGAGGGGAAGAAAUCCUUCUCUGGGAAAAAUUCCAAAGAUCUCAAAAUCCCCCCAAGACUAAAACCCUAUAAAUGUGAGGAAUGUGACUUGCGCUUUGGUCAAAAGGCACACCUUCUUACACAUCAGAAAAUCCACACUGGAGAGAAACCUCACCAGUGUCUAGAAUGUGGGAAAUUUUUCCGUGAAAAACCCACCCUCAGAAACCACGAGAGAAUCCACACAGGGGAGAAACCUUACAAGUGUUGGGAAUGUGGGAAGAGCUUUUCUCAGAAAGCUCAUCUUUGUUCCCAUGAGAAGAUCCAUGCAGGAAUCAAACCUUACAAGUGCUUUGAGUGUGGAAAAUGUUUCACCUGGAGUUCAUCUCUUCAGAGUCAUUGGAAAACACACACAAGGGAGAAAAAUGAAAAGUGCCUGGAAUGUGGGAAGUGUUUUUCCUGGAAAUCAAACCUGCUGCAACAUCAGAGAAUUCACACUGGAGAGAAACCUUUUGAAUGCCCAGAAUGUGAGAAACGAUUUGUAUAUUCUUACGAGCUUCAGAGACACCAGCUGAGGCACAAAGGGGAAAAACGCUAUCAAUGUGGGGAGUGUGGGAAAUUUUUUUAUUUGAUAGGUGAGCUUCGGGUUCAUGAGAGAAUCCACACAGGGAAGAAACCCUACAAAUGUGGGGAGUGUGGAAAAUGCUUUUCCCAUAAACCAAACCUUAAAACCCAUCAGAGGGUCCACACAGGAGAGAAGCCCUACAGAUGCGUAGAAUGUGGAAAAUCUUUUGCUCAAAGUGGAGACCUUUCGUCACAUCAUAAAAUCCACACAGGGGAGAAGCCGUAUCAAUGCAACGAAUGUGGAAGAUUUUAUCGUACCUCAUCAGCCCUUAGAAGUCAUGAGAAAGUUCACACGGGGGAAAAAAAAUUCAAAUGUUUAAACUGUGGGAAAGCAUUUGCUAAUUCAACUCACCUUAGAAGUCACAGCCGAAUCCAUACAAGAGAGAAACUUCUCAAAUGCUCAGUGUGAUAAAUGUUUUUCUCAGAAAAAUUCUCUCUUGAUGCAUCAGCGAAUCCACGCUGGAGAAAAACCAUUUAAAUGAGUGUCGGAAAUGUUUUGCCCAACCUUCAGCACUCCUGAUGCACACCCGUAAUCACACAGGAAAGUAGGCAUACAAGUAUGCAGAGUGUGAGAAACCAUUUCCUAGCAA